GUGGAGUAUACCUUCGGCUACAAGACGGCGAAAGAUGGCAAGCUUCGAAUCUUCCUCCACCACUCUUCCGUGCCCUUUGACCCUGAGACUUCCUUUGUGAUUUCAGAGGAGGAAGUGCAGAAGGCACAAGAAGCAUGGGCCAGCGCCAUCAAGCAGAUCUCCAAGACCUACCUUGGGGGAGGAGAUUAUGUUACAGCAGCAACCCAGGCAGCGGGGGAGUUGUAUGGCUACGGCCACUCGGAGGUGCUCUUCAAGCCCACCAAGGCUUCAGAAGCACAGUUUCGGCCAAGCGCCAACGACGCCCUGUCGUACUUCGUGGGGCACCAGGCGGUGGAGGGAGGCCAUCUCGAGGACUCCGGUUUUGCCAUCAACGGCGGCAAGGGCUGGUCGGAGGUCGUGUUUGAAAACCACCAGACCAAGCUAAACGGUCCCAUUGCGAUUGCGAUGGGCAACUACCAUUUCACUUGUGCCGCAACCGGUGACAAGACCAAAGUUGAGUACACCUUCGGCUACAAAAAGAACGUAGACGGCAAGCUCCGUAUCUUUCUCCACCACUCUUCCGUGCCAUAUGUCUCUGCUGGAAGUCCCACUGUAGUUGCCAACCUAAUUUCGGAAGAAGAGGUGCAGAAGGCACAAGAAGCCUGGGCAAGCGCUAUCAAGCAGAUCUCCAAGACGUACCUUGAGGGGGGAGACUAUGUUGCCGCAGCUGCGGAAGCAGCGGGGGAGCUGUACGGGUACGGCCACUCAGAGGUGCUCUUCAAGCCAACAAAGGCAGCUGAGGCGCAGUUUCGGCCAAGUGCUUCCGAUGCCAUGUCCUACUUCGUUGGGAGCGAUGCGGUCGAAGGCGGCCACGCCGAGGACUCCGGUUUCGCCAUCAAUGGCGGCAAGGGCUGGUCUAAUGUCGUUUUUGAGAACCACCAGACCAAGCUGACUGGCGACCUAGCGAUUGCCAUGGGCAACUACUACUUCACUUGCGCCGAAACCGGAGCCGAAAACAAAGUCGAGUACACUUUCGGCUACUUGGGGGCUGAGUAG